AUGGACACAGAGAUCUCAGUCCAGGAACAGAGUCCUCUCGGGCUGGAUUUAAAUGAGAUUACUAGGGAAAUUUUAUUUCUUAACAGAUGGAGGGGAAUCUUCAGGUUGAGAACCAACAGCACAGAUUCUCAGAAUCGUGAUGGCAGCCAUGUAUCUGCUGAGGAAACUGGAGACGGACCGGGAAUGCUUCGGCCCAAAGGACAAGAACAGGUGCCAUCCCGUAGCUUUUGUCCUGUCCCCAAACUCUCCACCGUCUCUUCAAAACCGAGUGGUUUGCCCAUCUCCCCAACGAUGGCCACGAUGUUGCAAAGAAGUCUCUUUGGAAAUGCCAUCCACGUCCUGGGCAGUGACUGGAGGAAGGCGCAUUUCAAGUUUCACCAUCCCUUCUCGGACCUGGCUUUUGCUUUACAAGUAGAAAAGGGAGGUGCCCAGAGCGUUCAGAUGGCUGUGCAAGGUUCCAUCAUCAAACACUUACUCUUUUCCAGAGAGGAAAAACACCGCAGCCUUCACAGCUUACGUAACCUGAGCCAGCGAGAGCAGGAGCGAGCCCUAGCUGCCACGCUGGCUGGCAUCCUAUGGACUGCAGGGGCAGCUCAGAAGGCCAUCGUCUGUUUUGUCACCAGAGACAUCCAUAGCACUUCGAUUCUUGACUGCUCUAGCGACAAUUUCAUUGAGAGGCUCCAGCUGUUUGAAUUUUCAGAGAGAGAAGCUGCUGAGAAAUUCAUCUAUGAUCAUUUGCAAUGUUUCCAAGGUGAAGGCAGCCACGGUGUCAUCCUCUUCCUCUACAGCCUAGUCCUCUCCAGAACGUUUGAGAGGCUUCAGAAGGACCUGGACAUCAGCACCACUCAUCUCUUGCAGCCUCGUGCUGGGAGCAUCCUGUGCAGGCAGGCCGUUAUCAAUAUGAUUUUGACUGGGAGAGCAAGUCCAAAUGUCUUCAAUGGCUAUGAGAAAGGAAGGUCUGGGGAAACAUUACAUGGAGUCCUGGCACGCAGUGACGUUGGCUACUUGCAGUGGGGUAAGGACACUUCUGAGGAUGACCGACUCUCACAGGUGGGCAGCAUGCUGAAGACGCCCACAUUUCCUAUUUGGCUGUGCAACCUCAAUGGAAAUUAUGGCGUCCUUUUCUGCACAAAUAGGCAGCUCUUGUCGGACUGGAAAAUGGAGCGUGUCUUUGAUCUGCACUUUUACAGUGGGCAGCCCUCCCAGAAGAAGCCCAUGCAUCUUACAAUAGAUACUCACUCGCAUCACUGGGAAGGGGAGCGCCGUGAGGAUAAACAUGGAUCAGGAAGACGGUUUUCACCGGUGGAAAUGGCAAUCAGAACUAAAUGGAGAGAGGCUACCGUCAGUUGGAAUGGAGCUAGUCCCUUUUUCUGAAAAGAAAGCUAGAGACUUGUCUGAAGGGUCAGAACAAACGGCGUGCAGAGGUACAGCGCAUGGGUGAGCAUUUAAGUCCUGUGUUCCUCUCUCAAGAGCCCCACUGAGAAAUACCACCGGCUGCUUCUCAUGUUUCUCUCCGUGUGCCUUCGCAGUUGUUAUCAGUGCUGUAGAGAAUGUGGUUUUAUCCCAGGGUCUCAACAGUGGCUCCUUCACUUAAUUCAGAAGAGAAAAUGCGGUCUGUCUCUCUGUGUUUUCCAAACUGCUCUUUUUCUGAGACUUCACUAAGACUGAAGCUGGGAGCUCACUUCCAUUUGGGGAUGAAGUCAUCAGGAAGAUAUCAUCAGCUUUUAGCAAUGGCAAGAGCUCGAGUCUCCUCAAGCCUUCCCGGUAUGGGCGGUGUUCCUUUCCAAAGACGCACCUCACAGGGCCACAUUAGCGGGCUCUUCUCAGUA